GGCCUGGAGCCAGGUGUUCCGGUCAGCUCGUACCACGUGCCCCUCAACAACGAGGCGCUGGACGCGAUGGUGCGCAACUUCAGGAUGUGGAUGCCCGAUCAUGAGCCGCUGUGGACGUGUCUCGGGGUCACCCGGCUCGGGGAGGAUGAUAUGCGGGUGGAGAUUGAGGUGGUGGCGCAUGAUCCUAAAUGA